AUACUCCAGACAGAAACAGACAAGGUUUUGGCUAGUCCUCAGUUUCCUGACUUGUCUCGCCUCGGCUUUCUAACAAUCCUGCAACAGGAGGUGUGCAAUGUACCUGAAAUUGACCUCUGGACCUCUGCCAUUGAAUGGGCUACGCAUAGAGUUUCAGGAGAGUCGAAAAAUGGAGAAGUCUUGAGGAAUGAGUUGAAUGACCAUCUUAAACACAUUCGAAUCUGUACAUUGUCUGACAAAGAUUUGAUGGCUCAAGUGGUACCUUCAGGAGUCCUGACAUAUUAUGAACUCAAGUUGAUCGGUGACACUCGCAGAACUGAGAAAGUACAGCCUGACUUGACAACAAUCUGCAACAAGAUUGAAAAGAGGCAAGAACCGUUGUCAGAAUUGAUGGAACAAAGAUUGAGCCUAAAUAGUGUUUAUGGUUCCAUUACUAAUUCAAAAAUAAAUAUUAUAACUAAAGGAGUCGCAAUUAAGUUGUGUGCAAUAAAGCUUAAGAGCUCCAGUACAAGUCAACACCAAUGCAAUUGCUCAAUAACAAUACAAAAGGGGACAGAACUCCCUACUGAGAUGAGAUACCAAGGACCAAUCUUUGGAGUAGCUUCCAACUGUACCAUUUCAAUUGAUGCCAUGAAGAACGUGUGUUUGUCUCCAAAUUCAAGCUAUUCAGUGAGCCUCUCAUUUCAUUGCGGGUAUAAUCAUACUCAUUACUAUGUGUCAAGUACAGCCAGUGGGAUACAUUUUGACACUUCAAUUCAAGCCCAUUCUGGAGACCAUGUUACCUCCAUAAACACAAUAUGUUACAAAACAGUAGGACAGAACACUCUGAGGAGGACAUAACUAGAUACUACUGAAGAAAUGUGAUCAGGACUAAUUUGAAGGAACUAUUUGAGUUCCUUGUGAGCCUCUUACUUUUUAUGAAGUGACAUUUUUGUUUAAGUGACAUGCUUCUUGCAACAGAACAUAACUCUUUUUAUUUGUUUACCUUGGUAAAUAUUAGCCUGUUCAUCCUGUUAUUAUGUUUUGGUUGUUUCUUGAUAAAAAUAUAUGAGUGAAUUUUAAGACUUAAUUUAGCAAUUAAUAAAUUAUCUCAUAUUAACCCUAGCGCUGGCAAACGCCGGAUAUACGGCGCGAA